AUGCCAAACUCCUAUUCACCUCCGAACACUCAUCCUAUGCAGUAUGCGAAGAACGUUAUCAUUCCUCGAACUACCUUCGAUCUCCCAACCGACCCUCAUCUGAUUGGUCCCUGGAUCCCAGGAGAAUGCGUCACGAAGAGGGCAAGUGGUCGUGUCAAAGUUGCGCGUCAUUCUUUCUCCCGCCGCUAUCUCGACACUCGUGCAACCAAGGCAGAGAAGUGCUGUGAUGAAAUAGACAAAGAAAUCACCGUCACGAAGCUCGUGGACCAUCCAAACGUCGUUCGCAUCUUCAACAAUGUCAACGGAGACUCGGAGAGUGGUGCCACUCCAAGCAGAUUAUCUACGGAGUUGCGUAUGCCCAUGCUUUUCCUGUCAUUCAUUGCGUCCAGUAGACUGCCUUCACUCCACCUGAACACUGUCUGGAAACAACCUGCAGGAACUCUCACCAUGCUAGUCCUAAGAUUGUACGAGGAGAAUGCUAUCUUUCGCCCUCUGUUUGACGUGUCCGAGGAAACUGUACUUGAACUUGCUGGAGGUCCCCGGAGUCGACGUCUUCCUGGACUCGUCACUGCGUGUUCCUCAUUGACAGCCAUUCGUCCCCAUGCAUUUUCAUUGACGAGUCGAAGUCUUCCUGGACCCGUCAUUGCGUGUUCCUUAUCAGCGGCAAUGCUUUCUCUCGCUCCGACGUUCCCUAUCCCUGUUACUGUUGCUCUGACAGGAUACCUAGGCCUACGUCGUCCUGACUGCCGUGUUGUCUCAUUCCUCGUCUUUCCUGAGACGAUCGAUUUGACUCAUUGUAUGCUCGUCGUUGAUGUUCAUUUUCUCUCCACCGACGUCAAGAUGUCUAACCACGUCUCUGUCUCGACAGCCGAUCUGCUUUGUCGUAUACUCAUUGUUGAUGUUGAAGAGCGUAUCACUCUAUCCGAGAUCCCUAGCUACCUGCCUCUGAUUCAUGCCACCUCCAGUAUAACCUUGCGACUUCAUAUUCCUUGCUUACUAAGCAUAGAGAACGUAUGCUUGGAGAAUAUGGAAUGCAGAGUCGAGCCUCCCAGUCCCAGUCCCAGUCCCAGUCCCAGUCCCAGUCCCAGUCCAGGACCUAGUCAGGGUAUAGAGCCCCUGCUAGUGUCACCUCCAGUCCCAGGAUCUAGUCAGAGUAUAGAUCCCCUGCUAGUAUCACUCCCAGUCCCAGUCCUAGUUGUGUAA